AUGUGCUUUGAAGAAUCUAUUCCGUUCGUAGCAAGAAGAGGCGGCGGCCACAGCGAAUGGUCGACUAUUGGCAAAGAAGGCGUAAUAAUCGACCUUGGUCGGUGCAAGGGCGUCGAGGUAGACGGGGCGAAUCGGACGGCUGUUCUUAAGGGCAGCAUACUUAGCAAAAAGGUUGAUGUUGCGCUAGCGGAUACUGGCCUGUUCAUAGCACUGGGAAACGGGAAUAUUGUGGGCGCCAUCCCUUAUUUUCUGAACGGCGGAGCUUCCAUAACGACGUCUAUUACCGGCUUUGGUACGGAUCAGAUACUUGCUGCACGACUCAUUACCGCCUCAGGUGAACUCAUCGAGGUUAACCAAACGCACAAUGCCGACCUCCUAUGGGCCCUUAGGGGCUCUGGUCGGUUCUUUGGUCUUGUGAUAGAGCUGACGGCCAUAUGA